AAUAAAAUAAUUAUUAAAAACUUUUUUUUACAAAAAAGGUGCUCAAACCUGAGUGUGAGGAUCAGCCUGCAGGGCUGGCUUAGUGGCAUAAAGCUGCCCCCAGAUUGGUGAUGUCAGGAUGUGCUGGCCCCAGGUCUUCCGGGAAUGUUGCAGGACCCCCGAAGCUAGCCAGCCUCGGCACCCGUCUGCCCAGGAUGGAGGCCCUAGGUCCUGGGGGUGACCGCGCUUCCCCGGCCUCGUCCGCCGGCAGCCUGGACCUGCGGCGGCUGUCCACGCGCGCAGACUCGGCCUACAGCUCCUUCUCCGCCGCCUCCAGCGGCCCCGAGCCGCGCACUCCGUCGCCUGGAACCGACCUCCUUCCGUACCUGGACUGGGACUAUGUGCGCGUGGUUUGGGGCGGCCCUGCCCCGGCCCCGCCCGACGCCGUCCAUAGUAGAUCCCCGCGGCCCCAGCCUGUUGCCGCAGCAAGAAGUGGGCCCCGGCCCCCAGAGAUCCAGGGAGCCCCGGGGCCUCUCAGCAGGCAGGCCACCCCGCUCCCGGUGCCAGGAACCGCCGGUCCUGGCAGUCUCGCCAAGCAGCAGCGGAAGUGGUGUUUCUCUGAGCCGGGGGAGCUGGAUCGCGUGGGUCGGGGCAGUGGGCAGAUAGAGGAAUGCUCGGGCGAGGCCUGCUCGAGCUCUGGCCUGGCCAGGCCUGAACCGCCGGAGUUGCAGCAUCCGGCUCUGGCUAAGUUCGAAGGUCACCAGGUCAGAUGGCUGCCCCAGCCCCAGCCCCAAGGCACAGUGGACCUGAGCUCCGGGUCCUCGAAACUCAGUGAUGCCCACAGGCCUGAGAGUCGGGGUCGGAGUGCUUCUGGAGAGGCCUUGGGAGAUACCGGAGGCCCCAUGCCCACUGCGCAGGCUGUUCCUCACGGAGCAGAAACUCCCAGACCACUGUUUCAGACCAAACUUUCCAGGUUCUUGACUCGGAUGGAGGCUGCAACAGUGUGUCCUGCAGAGGUCUUCCAGAGCGGCCCUGCCAACUGGGGACAGAGAGUCUCGGAUACCUGCAUUGCAUCUGGCCGGCUCCCCUCCCUUCCUGAUGAUGAAGUGUUCCUGGAAGAAGACCUGCUGGUCCGGAAGAGACCACCUCUAGACUCCCUUGCCUCCCAGGGGCUCCCAUCCAGGGGCCAUGCCACUGACCAGCAGUAUGGAACUGGUGUGGGCCAAAGGGCUGGCCAGGCUGAAAUCUCCCCAGAGUACCUUCCCCAUGAGUGCCCAAGGACUGCAGGGGCAGGUGACUGCUGGCAGGGAGUGAACAGUUCUGUGGGUGGCUCCAGGCCCACAAACUGUAGCCCCACUGGGAUUGCAAAUGGUGACGUCCCAACUAUUGACCCCACUGGACUGCUGGCCACGGACUCUCCCACAGCUGCAGAGCGCAACCCCCUCAAUCCUCUCCCAGAUGACGCCCUGGGACCUUCAGACAGUGAUGUCCCAAACCCCCCUCAUCACACUGCCCUGUCCUGGUGCUCUGGCCAGCUGGUUUCGGGGUCCACAUGGCCCAGCCAGCGCCUUGAGGAGCUGGUUCAGGAGCUGGCCAGACUGGAUCCUUCUUUGAGUGACACUCUUGCCUCCCACCCCAGUCCAGAGCCAUCCCUGGGCCUGCUGGAUGGCCUGAUUCCUUUAGCUGAGGUCUGGGCUGCCAUGAGACCAGCCUGUGGGGAGGCUGGAGAGGAGGCUGCUGGUACUUCUGAGCCAAGAUGUGGUUUUGUCCCUGGGCCCUAUCAUUUCAGCUCAACCCAGCUCCUGCCAGCUUCUCAGGAGACAAGGCCUGUUUACCCUGCCACUCAGCCUGACCAGCCACAUGGUCAGGUGUUCUCUGCACCAAACAACAGCACCCAGGCCAAAAAAGUGGAGCUAGCCGAGCUUCUGCAAAAGAUGCUGCAGGACCUGCACGCGGAGCAGGAGCGGCUGCGGGGAGUGGCCCAAGCGUGGGCGCGGCGCGGCGCGGCUCUGGAGGCCGCUGUGGGCCAGGCCUGCGCACCCCGGGAGCUGGAGCGGUUUAGCCGAUUCAUGGCAGAUCUGGAGCGCGUGCUUGGCCUCCUGCUGCUGCUGGGCAGUCGCCUGGCCCGCGUGCGCCGCGCGCUGGCUCGGGCGAGCUCAGACGGCGACGCUGACGAACGGGCAUCGCUGAAGCAGCGACUCGGGCUCCUGCAGCGACAGCAGGAGGACGCCAAGGAGCUGAAGGAGCACGUGGCCCGGCGCGAACGGGCCCUGCGCGAAGUGCUUGUUCGGGCGCUGCCCGCUGCGGAGCUGCGCUCCUACCGUGCGCUGCUGGCGGGCAAGGCCGCGGUCCUGGCCCAGCAGCGAAGCCUGGACGAGUGGGUCCGGCUGCUUCAGAACCAACUGGACGCUGUUAGGAGCCAUCUUAGCCAUCGUCCCCUGUCUCCCAGAAGCGCCCGGUACCCAGGGACCUGUCCUCAGGAUAAACCACCCCUUCCUUCUCCCCUUAGGUAGUUUCAGGAGGUGGCCCCUGCCCCUGGCCCAUACAACUGGGAUGAGGUUGGUUUAUCUGGUGCUUUUCUCUUGACGGAGUAGGGACCCUGGCUGGGGCCUCCGCAUAUACUCAUGUGGCCUUACCCAAGUCUAGUGGGUUACUUGGUAAUUAACUAACAGAUUUUGAAAUUUGCGUAUUUCCCCUUAUUGUGAUGAGGGGGGCUCUGUCCGGGUUGCCUGGAGGGAGAGUAGACAGGUCAGGGGAGCACUUCGACUUAAGGUGCAAAGUACCUGCCCCAACUUUUUCAAUAAAAGAUUGUCCAAAGAUA